UGGUCAUCCCUGUACUGUCCGCAGUCUCUGGUCAUCCCCUGUACUGUCCGCAGUCUCUGGUCAUCUCCUGUACUGUGUCUGCAGUCUCUGGUCAUCUCCCUGUACUGUGUCUCUCUGUCUCUGGUCAUCUCCUGUACUGUGUCUGCAGUCUCCUGUCAUCUCCUGUACUGUGUCCGCAGUCUCUGGUCAUCUCCUGUACUGUGUCCGCAGUCUCUGGGUCAUCUCCUGUACUGUGUCCGCAGUCUCUGGUCAUCCCCUGUACUGUGUCCGCAGUCUCUGGUCAUCCCCUGUACUGUGUCCGCAGUCUCUGGUCAUCCCCUGUACUGUGUCCGCAGUCUCUGGUCAUCUCCUGUACUGUGUCCGCAGUCUCUGGUCAUCUCCUGUACUGUGUCCGCAGUCUCUGGUCAUCCCUGUACUGUGUCCGCAGUCUCUGGUCAUCCCUGUACUGUGUCCGCAGUCUCUGGUCAUCCCUGUACUGUGUCCGCAGUC